AUGGUACAGCACUCGUAUAUUCGUUCUUUGACUAACGGCCAUCAAUACCUUCUCCUCUCGCACACCAUCCCCUCCGAAUUCCACCGGAGCUCGAUUUUGGACAUCACAGACCCGACCGCGACCGGCGCAUAUUGGUCGAACAUCACGGCGGGAGCUCUUGCUGUUGAAUACACUACUGCCGGCUUGAACAUCACCUAUCCUGGGGGAGGGUAUGCAUUCGAAAGCCUAACGAACGACUCGUUCUCGGUGCUGCAUACGAGGCAGAUCGAUCCAACCCUUUCUUUCGAUAUCACCUUCCACACCUCGUCCCCCAUCAUCCUCAACGGUGGACUUGGUUCUCUCACCCUCGGCGUGACCAAGGGACAGAUGCCAAACAUGACGACGGAGUGGAGUAUGCCUUCAGGUGUGACGUUCGGUUCAUUCCAUUGGAACGGUACAACACAUGAAAUCGACACGGCGAACAGCUUCACAUGGUACGAUCGCCAGUGGGGUGGUGAUGUGCCGAAGAAUUGGACCUGGUUCGGAUUGCACGUUGGUUCACCGAAUGACGAGAGGAAGACCACGAAGGUCAGCCUGUGGGCGAUCGACCAGACAGAUAACCUCUUGCCACGGACGCAGUUCGCCACGAUUCGAAAGGAGGAUGGGAGCCAACUAGUCGUGCCGGUUGUGUGA